AUGCGGUUCGACAUCGCCGACGAUAUACUCAUCGCUCUCGUCACUCUUUUGCGUCCUCAAAGGGAGAUCCAAUUAGGCAAAUUAUUCACUGAAGCAGCUUCAGGUUCUGAUAUUAGUUCCGGUGUUUCGGACGAGGAAGACAGUCAAGACUCCGGCGCUGCCAGCCUGACCUCUACUGAGGGGAACCGAAAACAAACCAAUGCGACCAAACGCAAUGUGGAAGGCGGCCGCAAGGGAAAAUUAAUAUUUGCCACUGGAGGCGUAAAGCUGACGUCUGGCCGAAAGAUUCUGCGCGAUACCCGCAGUCGCAGCGUUUGCUCGUUCUCCAGUGCAACCUCCGGCCACCCAGGCCAGCGUGAAGAGGAGAUACAAGCCAAAUCAGCCGUUUCGCAGCUAACCAAGCGGAAAAAACAUCGUAAACGCAGUGGCUCACAAACCGACGCGCAACCCCUUCCCGCGUUUGUCCAACAGGCAGCAGCGGCUAAAUGCAUACGGUAA